GAAAAGCCCCUCUGGAGGGGCUGCUUGGCCUCGCUGGGGCCCAGCUGGGCUUGGGAGUGGCUGAGGAGAUGGGAAGGGCUCCGGGGGGAUUUUCCGGAUCCGUUUACUCGGCUUUCCCGAGUUGGGGGUACCAGAUGUGCUCCAUGUGGGAUUGCAUCCCGUGAGGUGUGCCCAGGGCAUGUCUGGGGUGUCACCCCCAUCCUCACUGCCGGGGCUGAAGGGUUCCUGUGGCUCAUUAUCACUGACACUCCUUCCUUUUGAGUGCUGUGCCCAGUUCUGGGCCCCUCGGUUUGGGAAGGAAGGACAUUGAGAUGCUUGAGCGUGUCCAGAGAAGGACAACAAGGCUGGCUCUGCGUUUCUCCAGGAGGAGCUGAAGCCCAGGAAUCGCCGCCAUGGAUUUCCAGCACCGCCCCGGGGGUAAAACGGGCAGCGGGGGCGUGGCCUCGGCCUCCGAGAGCAACCGGGACCGGCGGGAGCGGCUGCGGCAGCUGGCCCUGGAGACCAUCGACAUCAACAAGGACCCCUAUUUUAUGAAAAACCAUUUGGGCUCCUACGAGUGCAAGCUUUGCCUGACGCUCCACAACAAUGAGGGGAGUUACUUAGCACAUACCCAGGGGAAGAAGCAUCAGACCAAUUUGGCCCGACGAGCUGCCAAGGAAGCCAAGGAAGCCCCUGCCCAGCCUGCCCCAGAGAAGGUCAAAGUGGAAGUGAAGAAAUUUGUGAAAAUUGGGCGCCCAGGCUACAAAGUGACCAAACAGAGAGACCCAGAAACAGGCCAGCAGAGCCUUCUCUUCCAGAUCGAUUACCCUGAGAUAGCUGAGAGCAUCAUGCCCCGGCACCGCUUCAUGUCGGCCUACGAGCAGCGCAUCGAGCCCCCGGACCGGCGCUGGCAGUACCUGCUGAUGGCAGCAGAGCCCUACGAGACCAUCGCCUUCAAGGUGCCAAGCAGGGAAAUUGAUAAAGCAGAGGGAAAGUUUUGGACUCACUGGAACAGAGAAACCAAACAGUUCUUCCUUCAAUUCCACUUCAAGAUGGAGAAGCCCCCGGCCCCCCCCAACCUCCCCCCAGGGCCCCCGACCGUCAAGCGGCCGCCGCCCCCUCCCCUGAUGAACGGGCUGCCCCCGCGGCCCCCCCUGCCCGACUCCAUGCCCCCUCCUCCCCCUGGGGGCAUGGCCCUGCCCCCCAUGCCCCCCUCCGGGCCGGUGCCACCCCCGCCAGUGCCCCCCCAGCUGCCCCCGGCACCCGGGGUGCCCCCCCCUGCUCCCCUGCCCCCCAUGAUGAGGCCACCGCUCCCCACGGAGGGGCCGGGCACCAUCCCCCCUCCCCCUCCCUCCAACUGAAGCCCCUCCUGGACUCCAUCCCGUGGGAUUUGUGUCUUUUUAACUGCAGCUCACCCCCGAUUCAGGGAACAGAUCCUUUUUGUAUGUCUGGAAACCUGACUGAAUUCUGGAGGUUCAUUAAAAGGCUUUUGAUUCUCCUUUC